ACUAGAAAACAAAAUGGCGGAACCCAUACAGAGCGCAAUGUUUUGAUACGCGUUAACUGCCGCAUUAAGUCAACCCGUGGACGUGGACGCGUUGUCUUCUCCGCGACACCGGCUGCUAAUCGCGAACAAAUCGCGUGUCCUGUCACGUCCACUGUGGGUGCAGUGAAAACGCCGCACGGCGUCUGUGACGAAACAACGUGCAGCUGCAACAGCCGUCAAAGAGAAGCUAUCCUUUCUUUUACACGUAACGUGUUUCACGUAGCGUGUUUCACGGUACUUGACAGGACACGUUAACGCUCUCCUGCAUGGGAAGUUAGCAGCAGCAGCAGCAGCUCGGCUGUGAAGAGUGAACGGACCUGCAGCAGCGGCACAGCAUGUUCAAACUGACUGUGAAUACAUAACCAGGAACGAAGAUGAACAGGAAGAAGGAUAAAGGAUUCGAGAGCCCGCGCCCUUUCAAAUUGACCCACCAGGUGGUGUGCAUCAACAACGUCAACUUCCAGAGGAAGUCUGUCAUUGGCUUUGUUGAGCUGACCAUUUUCCCCACAGUGGUGAACCUGAACAGGAUCAAGCUUAACAGCAAACAGUGUCGCAUUUACAGGGUUCGAGUCAAUGAACUCGAAGCCCCAUUCAUUUACAAUGACCCCACACUGGAGGUUUGCCACAAUGAGUCGAAACAGAGGAACCUCAACUAUUUCUCUAGUGCCUAUGCAGCAGCAGUGAGUGCUGUGGACCCUGAUGCAGGACAUGGAGAGCUGAUCAUCAAAGUUCCUUCUGAACUUUGGAAACAAGGGGAUGAUUUAAAAGUUCUAAAGGUUUACAUAGAAUUUUCCCUGGACCAGCCGAAAGGGGGUCUCCACUUUGUUGUUCCUGAUGUGGAGGGCAGCAUGGCAGAGAGAGGAGCUCAUGUGUUUACCUUUGGAUACCAGAACUCCACCAGAUUCUGGUUCCCCUGCGUGGAUUCAUACUCCGAGCUCUGUACGUGGAAGCUUGAGUUCACCGUCGAUGCUUCCAUGGUGGCAGUGUCCUGUGGUGAUCUCGUGGAGACCAUCUAUACUCAUGACAUGAGGAAGAAGACUUUCCACUAUGUCCUCCCAAUUCCCACUGCAGCCCCUAACAUCUCACUGUCUGUGGGUCCCUUUGAAAUCCUCGUAGACCCCUACAUGCAUGAGGUGACCCACUUCUGUCUCCCCCAGCUCUUACCACUGCUCAAACACACAAUGUCUUACCUGCAUGAGAUUUUUGAGUUCUAUGAAGAGAUCCUGACAUGCCGCUACCCUUACUCCUGCUUCAAGACUGUGUUUGUAGACGAAGCCUAUGUAGAAGUAUCCUCCUUUGCUUCUAUGAGCAUCUUUAGCACCAACCUGCUUCACAGUGCUAUGAUCAUAGACCAGACACCACAGACUCGUCGCUGUUUGGCUCAGGCCUUGGCUCAGCAGUUCUUUGGCUGUUUCAUCUCCAGGAUGACAUGGGCUGAUGAGUGGGUGUUGAAGGGGAUCUCAGGUUACAUCUAUGGCCUCUAUCUGAAGAAAACCUUUGGAGUCAAUGAGUAUCGGCACUGGAUAAAAGAGGAGCUGGAUACGAUUGUGGACUAUGAGCUGAAGAUGGGAGGCGUUCUCCUGCACCCAAUCUUCAGUGGAGUCAAAGAAAAAGACAAUCCAACCCCCCACCUUCACUUCUCAGUCAAGCACCCACACACGUUGUCCUGGGAGUACUACAAGAUGUUCCAGUGCAAGGCCCACCUGGUGAUGAGGUUGAUCGAGAACAGGAUCAGCAUGGAGUUCAUGUUGCAGGUUUUCAACAAGCUCUUGAGUUUGGCCAGUACAGCGUCAUCGCAGAAAUAUCAGAGUCACAUGUGGAGUCAGAUGCUUGUGUCUACUCACGCUUUCCUCAAAUCCAUCUCCAAUGUGUCUGGCAAAGACAUUGGCCCGGUCAUCAAGCAAUGGGUAGACCAGAGUGCGGUGGUGAAGUUCUUUGGAAGUUUUGCCUUCAACAGGAAGAGGAACGUGCUGGAGCUGGAGAUCCGUCAGGACUAUACAUCAUCUGGAACUCAGAAAUAUGUGGGUCCUAUCAAGGUGACUGUGCAGGAGCUGGACGGGUCCUUUAACCACACACUGCAGAUAGAGGAAAACAGCCUCAAACACGACAUUCCCUGCCAUUCCAAGAGCAGACGAAACAAGAAAAAGAAGAUCCCGCUGAUGAAUGGAGAGGAGGUUGACAUGGACUUGUCCGCCAUGGAUGCUGACUCUCCCCUGCUCUGGAUCCGGAUCGACCCGGACAUGUCCAUUCUGAGGAAGGUGGAGUUUGAGCAGGCCGACUUCAUGUGGCAGUAUCAACUGCGCUAUGAGAGGGAUGUCGUUGCACAGGAGGAGUCCAUCUCAGCACUGGAAAAGUUUCCAACUCCUGCCUCCAGACUGGCUUUGACUGACAUCCUAGAGCAAGAACAGUGUUUCUACAAAGUCCGCAUGCAGGCCUGUUUCUGUUUAUCCAGGAUAGCGAAUGCGAUGGUGAGCACGUGGCAGGGCCCACCAGCCAUGAAGUCACUGUUUACCCGAAUGUUCUGCUGUAAGAGCUGCCCCAACAUUGUCAAGACGAACAGUUUCAUCAACUUCCAGAGCUACUUUCUACAAAAGACGAUGCCGGUUGCCAUGGCGUUACUCAGAGAUGUCCAGAACCUCUGUCCCAAAGAUGUCCUCAACUUUAUACUUGACCUCAUCAAGUAUAAUGACAACAGAAAAAACAAAUUUUCAGAUAACUAUUAUCGUGCGGAACUGAUCGAAGCCCUGACCAACUCCCUGACCCCGGCCAUCAGCAUCAACAACGAGGUGCGCACAGUGGACAAUUUAAAUGCUGACGUCCGUCUCAUCUUAGAGGAGAUCACCCGAUAUCUCAACAUGGAGAAACUGCUGCCAAGCUUCAGGAACACCAUCACUGUUAGUUGCCUGAAAGCUAUUCGUAACCUCCAGAAGAACGGUCAUAUUCCCAGUGACCCAUCACUGUUCAAGUCCUACGCCGAGUACGGACACUUUGUUGACGUUCGCGUUGCUGCUCUGGAAGCGCUGGUGGACUACACAAGAGUGGAGAGAAGUGCAACAGAGCUGCAGUGGCUGCUCAUGAUGGUCCAGGAAGACCCGUCUCAUUAUGUCAGACACAGUAUCCUGGGCUUGCUGAGUAAGAAUCCGCCUUUCACAAAAACAUCAGACUCUGGGCUGUGUAAUGAAGCACUGGUUGACCAACUGUGGAAGCUCAUGAACUCAGGCACGUCACACGACUGGCGGCUCCGCUGCGAUGCAGUAAACCUCUACUACACCUUGUUUGGUCUGACCCGUCCAUCGUGCCUGCCACUGCCAGAACUGGGCCUUGUGCUUAACCUGAAGGAGAAGAAGGCUGUGCUUAACCCAACCAUCAAGCCUGAGUCGGGGAUCAGUGCUGGUAUGGACACUGCUGCCAGUAUAGGUAUCCAUGGUGUCGGCAUGAGCUACACAGCCGUGGAUGAAGAGCCAGACCCUGUUUCAUUGGGGGUGUGUGGUGUGGGUCAGCCACCUCAGGGUUUGAAGAGGAGGGCUGAGACUCCGCUGGGCUCCCCUCCUGAGCCAGGACAGAUACUGCAGCAACAGGAGGAGGAGAACAGAGGACCAGGGCGCUACAAGAUCAGGGUAAAGUUUAACACCAUGGAAGAGGAAGAUAUUGACAUGGAGACUGUUCAUGAUAGUCAGGCCUUCAUUCACCAGCAUCUCAACUUGUUAGAGAGACCGUCUACACCAGGGAAAGAGCCACUGUCCGUGGAACAGUCCAUACUCUCCAUGCCCGCCACGCCAGUGCCUACAUUCACAAAAGAGCCCACCUCGUCGUCCUCGAAGCACGGCGGUGAGCACGGCCACCACCAUCACCACCACCACCACGAGCACAAGAAGAAGAAGAAAAAGCACAAGCACAAACACAAGCACAAGCACAAGCACGAAAGCAAGGACAAGGAAAAGGAGCGGGACAACUUGCACACGUACAGCAACAGCCCGGCCAGCGGCAGGUCCCUGCGCUCGCCGUCCAUGUCCGACUGAGCGCUCGCGGUUAACUGGAUAACAGCCAGUUUGGAGUCAGAAGCCUGGAUCCCUGUGAGAACAGUGACACAAAAUGGGAGCUGAAUGCGUUCAGAAGUUAUUGGAAAAUGGAAAGUCUGAAUUCCUCAGCAGAUACAUUUGUGUAUGUUGAAUAUCAGGAAGAAGUCUCAUCAUGAGCACUCACAAUGCUACGUUUGAAAAAAAAAAAAAACAUCACAACUGCUGCAGCUGUGCCUACUUGUACCACUCUGAGGAAUGAUCUUAAAAUGUUUCCCGUACACAGGUCAUCAUUUGAAGAAACGUCUUCAUAAACACAAAAUGACUAAACACUGCAGUUUAAAUGUCAGCCCUGUGUGUGGCGCUGCAACACUGCCACGGACAAACACCAAAAAUGAAGAAGAUGUGACGCAUAAAGCUUGUGAGCUGCGUAAAGCUAUGACAAAACUUUUUUUACAAAACUACAAAAUAACGUUUUAGGAUUCUCAAAACGCCGGCCUUGUGUGGAUAAAAAGCUGAAAUUAUACUACACUUUUUUUUUGCAAUCUCCUAAAUUGAUUCCCAUGUUUACAGGCCCCCUUUUUGUCAGUAAGGAGGGAAAAACCUUUUUAAAUGAUGAUGAUGCAGUUACACGCGUCCUCUCCUGCCUCUGAAUCGUGACCAUGAACAAAAAAGACCCGUUGACACGUCACACCUCGAUAUCAGAAACCUCUGCUGUUACUCACUACUAUUGUUUGUCCUCAUUGUUUAUUGCGGAGUACAAAAACAUGCCUCAUUAUCUUGUGGCAGAUUUUUCUCUUUUUUUUUUAAGGUCCAGUGUGUGAGAUUUAGGAGGGGUUUAUUGAAAGAAAUUGAAUAUAUGACCCAUAAGUACAUUUGUUCAAGUGUAUAAUCGCUUUAAAAUAGAGAAAAGGGUAAUGGAGUGUUCCAUUUAUGUCGGAAUUCAGAGUUCCAGUUGAGAAGUCAGUGAUUUUGCUAUUGUUGCGAGUGGCAGCCAUCUUACAAUCCUAUGUCAGAGUUGGAAAUCCAACAUGAGGAUGUGUUCCAAGUUAAAGAAAACCCUCAACGCACCACAACCUCUGUGUUCUUAAGGCAAGGGCCUUGCCUUACGCAGGCGGCCAUUUUGUGCUUUUUGAAGCACGUGUGACAUCUUUUCUUAUAUACAAAGUUCACUGUAUUACCCUGACUGGAAGGAAGAGGAGAGUGCAGGAGUCUCAUCAUCAGCAGAGCUCUAAAUCUUACACACUGGGCCUUUUAAAAAUGCUACUUAACAAAGAAAACACAGUGGUGUGGAUUUUGCCUCAGUGUCAGGCCACACUCUCGCUCACACACACACACACACACACACAUACACUUUGGACUUUUAACGCUGCCUCCAAACCGUCUUGGGCAUGCAAACACACACACCCCUUUUCCAUCCAAGAGUUGAAUAAAUAAAUAAAUGAAGUCUUCUUCACCUCACACUCGCCGCCGCUCCCCCGCUGCGCAGACACCACUCUGGUGCGCCUCAUCCCCACAAAUCAACCCCGGCUUUCAGUGCGUGGCUUCUGAGGGGAAACCAGAUAGUUAGUGAGUGUGGAUUUAACUGUCCGUCCUCCCUGGACUGGACUGGCCAUUUCCCCGUCUCCUCACAGAUGAUGAACCUUAAUCAGGAUUUUUACUAUAUAUAUAUAUUUUUUUUUUUACUGGACUGUACAAUUAAAAUCAAGUAAUACUAGUUUGUUUUAUUUUUAAAUACUUUUUUAUUUCCUGUCAUUAUUGAUAAAAAAUGCUUUUGUAUCCACAAAUGUUUAGAUUACAUCAAGUCCACCUCCACAAAGGCAGUCGUGCCAGGUUUACUCUGGCUCUGUUACCUGGGGCUGAUUAGGCGGUUUUUGGAACGAUGGAAAAUGUGCAUACUUCAGUUUUCACCAAUCAGAUGAUGUUGAAACUGUUUUUCAUGUGGUUAAACAUGUUUGUUUUUUUAAUACAAUCUGCCUUCCACUUUCAACAUGUGUUCCCUAAAUAAGACAAAACCCAUAGUUUUGGUAAAUCCCAGUCAGCAUUUCAUCCCAUUAGGUCCACGUUAUUGAUUAUAGACUGAAAGCCUUGAGACAAUGUUGGUUACAGUCGAUGCAAAGUGGAAAUGACAGAAAUAACCGUUUGAGGCUUCACUUCGCAAAACCAGACCUCAUAUUUUCCUACAUUGUAAUUUGUUUUUAAAACAAGUUUAAUAAAAUUAUCUCUUUUUUAUAUGUA